CUGGAAAUAGACUUUGAAUCAAGUAACUCUGAAGAUAUGUGCAUGAAGAUACGGAUAGACUGGUUGUGCUUAGACACUGAAUACUGAUUUUGUCGACAUUUAGUGAAGAUAAGUGUGGCUACGUUGAGUGGUGCUGAGACUGCGGUUUUCUCUGCAGGAUGGCUGGCCUAAGUGGCGGUUGCAGGAUGGUGCCAGGGACAUGACUUUUUUGAACAUGCGGCAUCAGUGCAGCAUGUGCCUGAAGAAUUUCCGCAGCCAGGCUGAUCUGGGUCGUCACAUGCGCACACACACGGGCGAGAAGCCCUUCAAGUGCCCUUAUUGUGAACGCUCCAUGGCACAGAAAGGAAAUCUCAAGGCCCAUAUCAAGAAUGUCCACAAUGAUAAAACAUGCCCCAUUUAACCAAAGAAGUGAAGGGGCACUCAGGAUUGGUGUGUGGGCAGCUGCUGCAGAUUCUGGAGAAUACCGGCGGGAGCUCGAAGGAGCCACUAAAGCCUUCAGCUGCCGACGACACCUCCCAGGUCCUCUUAGGGGAUGGCUCAGGGAUGAGUGGGGUGCCGCAGAUGCCAUCUGUGCCCGGCCAACUGGACGAUUCAGGGAUGUCGCCACAUUCCUCGCGACCCCCUAUGCGCUUCUUCUGUCCCGUCUGUCCCAAGGGCUUUCGAAGUAAACUUGAUGUUGAGAGGCACUUACGGACCCACACGGGGGAGAAACCCUUUCAGUGCCCAUACUGUCCACAUCGUUCAGCCACAAAAGGGAACCUUAAAGCACACAUGCGUCACAUUCACAUGGAUGUUCGCCUACCAUUCUAAGCACCCAUUAGCACUUAAGUAUUUUGUAUUGACCACUGAAAGUCCUAACCACAUUUAUACAAAUCAUGUCCAGAAGCCAUGAGCUUUUGGAAUUUGCCAUACUUGUUAGCAUGUGAGAUGUAGUAGAAGAGAAAAGAUACAACAAAAAUGGCCAAAAAAAAUUAUAAUAAAAAAAUAAAUAAAUAAACUAAUGUUGCCAUACCUCUGAAACCCUUUCCCAUUCUCAUUGUAGUAAUAAUGAUGAAACAAAGUAUAAUAUUAAUGGUAGUGAUAUGCUCUUAACCUUUUUAUUAUUUGUAAGAUAGGAAAUUAAAUGAUUUACAUUGUAUGGAUGUUGUCAAUAAUUUUAGUUGUCAAGAUUGCCAUAAGAUUUCACCAGAUGUUACAAAUCAUUGUUUCAGGGCACAUUGAGGGUGGAUUUUGAUAGGGUGAAUGAAGUAGGAAUACAAGAGGGCAUUUCUUUGUUAACCCUGCAGCUUUUAUAUAUAUAGUCAGUCUGUGAUUAUUAUUAUUAUUGACAUUAUUAUUAUGAUGAUGAUGAUAGUCAAGUAGAGAGAAGUUUUGUAGUAUUGAUGUUGUGGAUCAAGCUUGAAUACAAAUUAAAAUAUUCAUGUCACUUUUA